AUGUGGAGAUGGACAGCUGGGCUUGUGUGUGUACCAGACCCUAUUGCAGAGCAUCGAGUGGCCCCAGUCACAUCCAGGGUCAAUACAACCCAAUCUGUCAGUCACAGGGCGCAGCAGUACGCGCAGCAAGUGCUCGAAGCACUGGGUAUGGAGACAGAGCCCUCGAGUACCACGGGGGAUGUGUGUAGAGAUAUAUCUCUACCAGUUGCAAACGGGUUGGAUCUGGCGUCACCACAUACAAACGAAGCGAACUCGGAGUCUAGCACUAUAGCCGCUUCUACCACACCGUCCCCACAACGGCCAAUAGACUUUGUGGUCAGCGAUGCCAGUGCACUCCCUUUAGCGGACACGUCGCAGGAUGUCAUUGUAUGCCAGCAUGGCUUGCAGUACUUUUCUGACCCAGCCACGUGCUUAGCUGAGAUUAAACGUGUGUGGCGACCGGGACCCUCUGCGGUAGUAUGUAUCGCUGUGUGGGGGGAUGCAGACGACUGUCCGCUCAUACACCUGCCCACACAUGCGCUUGAUGUGGAGGUGAGAUCCGUAAAAGAUGGGGCACAUAAUACACAACACAGCCCGUCUAGGGAUCAUAUUAAAGCAAGCAUGCACGCUCGGAGUCCUGCUGGGCUUAUUGCAGAUGAUGAGAACGUGGCUGGUAAUGAUAGCCGUAUUUCAAAGGGAGUGCAGCGUAGUGCGGGUAUAGGCGGUGUUGAUAAGCCCUUGGGAAGUGCACGGAAUGAUCCCGGCCCUUUCGCCUUCGCUGAUAGCGAUUUAUUGUUAGACGCUUUGCGAGCCAGCGGUCUUGCCACAGUUUCAAGUAACGGCGAAGCGCAGUACGAAAUGAUGACGGCAGUGAUUAAGGUGAACUUCAGUUGCUUUAACGACUUCUUCGCUUUCGCACUUUCAGACGCCGCGCUGGAGUCGUCAUUCCGAUCGUGCCACGGGAAGGAUAAUUACUAUGACUCGAGUGAUGAUGGUACGAGUCUGUCGGCUUCAACGUAUAGUCAGGAAUUGGCUGGCUUCAAACAAAAUGUGAAGGCUCGCCUGUGGGAGGCUGUCUGUGCAUAUUGGGAUGGUUCGGGUAGUGGCAUUGUACCGCAAGACAUGUGUGCAGGCGUUGCGGAACAAGACCAAAACACAGUACCGCUGACCGUCCCGUGUCAGUUUCACUUGGCGACAUGUAGGAAUCCUCGAUAGAACGAACAGGCAAGGCAUAUAUUAGAAGCAACCAAAAAUACUAUAUGCACAAAUGGAUGGUGUAUGGUGUAUGGUGUACAAAAGUGACGAGACUGGAUGGUCAUAUCCAGGUCAUGCAGUACGGUGGGGUACUAGCGUAUAGCCAAUUCGAACGUAGUAGCUCGCACUGCUCAAUUGCCCCAAAAUACAGCAAUUGAAUUCAAUUGGAUCUCUGACAUCUCAUAUUAGUUACACAUGUCGAAUGAAUGAAUCCUGUGUACACAGGUACUGAAAACAGCACACGUCGGAGAUCCCAAAACCACAAUUACGUCGUCCAGCUGACCAUACAUAAUUCUCAAAUACAAAUGAGAAUGAUAUGCGCGAGUGUGUGCAGCUGGCAUCAAGUAUUACGAAUGAAUCCUGUGUACACAGGUACUGAAAACAACACACGUCGGAAAUCCCAAUACUACAAUUACGUCGUCCAGCUGACC